AUGCCUAUCACUGAUAGCAAAAAGACCGCCAAGGCCCCCAGGCUUCGCCUAGGUUGGGGCGAAGCGCUCGAGGAGGUCUCAGACGCUGCUGCAGUCGUCCCGUCCAACGACGUCACAGGCGUGCCGUCAGAUGUGGUGACGAUGGUUGAAGUCGCCGUCGUCGUGCAUGAACAAGCGGACCAACUUGUCCAAGGUGGCGCGGUCUGCCAGUCGCCCGAGGUCCAGCCUGCCCAUGUUGCGUUCGGGCAAGCUCCGGGGCCAUGGUGCUGCCCCCACCAUGAGGUCCAGGGCCCGGUAGUCCAGGGGCCUGCAGUCCAAAGCCCUGUGGAGUUCAGUCCCCAGGCUGAACCAAAUGGUCCGUACCAAUCUCGUCGCAUCCUGGGCCCUGACUGGUAA